AUGGCCGAACGUCCUGUUGAAUUGAACGUUGACGUCGACGUUCCGCCAGUAAAUCAGCAGCAAAAUCGAAAUGGCGAUGCAAGAGCUCAAGCACAGAACAACACUCAAUUUGGGGUCGUACGCGAUCGAUUAUUCCAUGCGAUGUUGGUCAAAGUCGCUCUCAGUUAUAGCUCACAUGUGAGCAUGUUUUGGCGACGAAUCAUCGAAUUCAUCUCAUUGUUAAUAGCUUUGUGCUUGUUAUUCACUUUAUUAUUUGUUCAUUUGAUGUUCACCCGAUCAUCGGCUACAUGUCUAGAUCAUAUUCGGGACACAUGGCCAAGAGAUGGAGUUAUACGGCUUGAAGUUGUACACAAUCUUCGUACACUUGAGUACAAGGAGAACUGGAUAAAUUGGUAUAAAAAUGAACGGAGCCACAUGACAUGUUCAUUCAAUCCGGCUGAUGUAUUACUGUACGGCCCUCGAGCUAUGCCUGCUGAGGUACGCGAAGGACGUAGCAAACCUCCUCAAAAGAUGAAAAGAGAUGAGCCCAGUGAACGAGAGGCACACAGUGGGUCUAGUCUGCUGAGCUUUUUCCUUCGCGUGCCCACUGAAUUGCUUUUGAGCAAUGACGACUCACCUGACUAUGCAGACACAACGGAUGACAACGACAGUCAAUAUGGAGACAGUAUAUAUGAGCAGGAGGUUGAUGCGGAAACAGCGUUUGGCGAGCAUUUUCGAAAGCAUUUUAAACCUGAAGACGCAUUCCGCUAUGAAUACCGGGUUGAGUACUCCCUGUUGUAUGGUAUCUUACGCCUUCCAGUUUCCUUCCGUCACAAGCACAAUAUUACAACGCUUUGGGCAAGGAUAGAUGCUGAUUCGGAUUGUUUCGGUGAUACAUUUUCUCGCCGCGUUAUGCGUGCCGUAGUUGGUUUUGAAGAUGUCGUUAUGGCAAGUCUUCGCGCUCUUGCUCAAAACUCUUCUGAAGAUGGUCUUGUUUGGAGUAAGUCUGUUUCAGACGGUGCUGGACUUGGAUAUCUUCAUGAUUUAUCUACUAAUGAACAUUUCCAUUUCGUUUCCUUUAUGAUGUCCAAAAGUAGCUACAUCACUGCAGCUAUCGUCAUGCUAAUAUUCACAUUCGCCAUAUCGAUGCUGCUUCGAUUCUCACACCACCAGAUUUUCCUAUUUAUAGUUGAUUUAUUACAUAUGUUUGAGCUCAAUCAGCCGCUUGUUUUUCCAGCGGCACCUUUGCUCACAGUCAUACUAGCAUUAGUCGGUAUGGAAGCAAUUAUGUCGGAAGUAUUCGCAGACACUACCACGGCUUUCUAUGUGAUAUUGAUUGUUUGGAUUGCUGAUCAAUACGAUGCUAUCUGCUGUCAUUCGCAUCAGGCGCCAGAGUUGCUAGGUACAAAGCUGUUCAGAUUUUUCUAUCUCUACCAGUUUUUCUUCUAUGCAUAUCAGUACCGUUUCGGUGGCCAAUAUGGUGGAAUGGCGCUUGUCACUUCAACUGCAUUCAUAUUCCACUCAAUGAUAUUCUUUUUUCACCAUUAUGAGAUGCCCUUGAUACUCUAUCAGGAUCGCCUUCAACGCAUUUUGACGGAAAUAGAUCCGGCACCGUUUCAGCCUGCAAGUCCGCUUGAUGUCCAGCAAGUAACUGUUUCCGUUCAUACGCGUCCUAUCAUCAGAGAUGGUUCCGCACAACGCGGUAAUGCUACGCCUGAUGGAACUCAAAUAUCUGCCAAUCAGGAUCAAGCUGAAACAGCGUCCACUAGUGUCGCACACACGGAGGUGGUUAAUGCUGAAAGAACAGUUAUGGAACCGCCGUCGCCACCAUCUUCUGCUGAUGCUGUCGAACGUGUUGCCAAUGAAGUCGUAUCGGAAGCGAUUGAUGAAUUGUUUUUGUCGUAG